GGUCGAAACUAGAGCAAGAAGGGGGUUGUUUCCAGGAAGUGUUCAGCGUGACUCUCACAGAACAGCUUUGCUUUCUUUCUAACAGAACCUGCUUUGCUUGAUUUUUGCGCCGGUGUUCCGAUUCCGUUUCUCAGUCAGUCAGCAUGGGUGAAGAUGAAGAAAAAUAUGACGGCAUGUUGCUUGUUAUGGCGCAGCAACACGAAGGAGGGGUACAAGAGUUAGUAAACACAUUUUUCAGCUUCCUCCGCCGCAAAACUGAUUUCUUCACUGGUGGUGAUUCAGGUGCAGCAGAGAAGCUCGUCAAGGAUGCCUUUGCUCACCACAGCAAGUUGGCGCUGAAGGCCCAGAAAGAGAAGCAGAUGAAACAAGAGAAAGAAAAAAGAGAAAAAGCUGAAAGAGCGGCCAAGCUUGCAGAGGAGGAGAAGAAAAAGAAGAAUGACGACGGUCCAAGAAUCCAGGAGCUGACAGACGAGGAAGCAGAGAAGCUUCAGACUGAACUUGAUAAGAAAAAGAAGGAAGAGGAGAAUACAGCGGCGGCAGCAGAGAUGUCAUCUGACAAAGCUGAGAAAGAGAAAGGCUCGGACUCUGAAGGAGAGGAGGAUGAGAAAGACAAAGAUAAACUGAAGCCUAAUUCGGGAAAUGGAGCUGACCUGCCCAACUACAAGUGGACACAGACCCUGUCUGAAGUUGAUGUGGCAGUGCCCUUUAGUGUGAACUUUCGCAUUAAGGGCAAAGAUGUAGUUGUGGACAUCCAGCGGCGCUCCAUCAAAGUGGGCCUGAAAGGACAUCCUCCAGUUAUUGAUGGCCAACUCUACAACGAGGUGAAGGUAGAGGAGAGCUCCUGGCUCAUCGAUGAUGGCAAGGUGGUUACUGUCCACUUGGAAAAGAUUAACAAAAUGGAGUGGUGGAGCAAGAUCGUCACUACAGAUCCUGAAAUUAACACCAAGAAAGUCUGUCCCGAGAACUCAAAGCUGUCAGAUCUGGAUGGAGAGACGCGUGGUAUGGUGGAGAAGAUGAUGUACGACCAAAGGCAAAAAUCAAUGGGCCUCCCUACAUCUGAAGAGCAGAAGAAACAAGAUAUCCUUAAAAAGUUCAUGGCUCAGCACCCAGAGAUGGAUUUCUCUAAAGCCAAAUUCAGCUGAGGCUUUCUGUUGUCAGAGGCUUUAGAUUCACGGUUCAUGUAAAUGACACCGGAGCUGACAUCAGGCACCAACCAACUCCCCCUUCAUCUCUCUACUUGGACAUGCUUGUGUUGACGUGCAUGUCUGAAGUGCAUAGAUUCAUGUUUAAAUCUAAGAGUUUGAUAACUGUAACAACAGUGU